AUGGGAGUCUCUAAAACACAUCCGCCAAUGCCCACGCUCAAGGACUCGUACACGCUGUGGGCCAACCAGAUGGCGGUCAGCACGCCGUCGUCGCCGCCACAGCAAAACAGCGUCUUUGGCCAGGGCAGUGACUCGUCGCUGAGGUCGACUCUGGGCCUGCGCAAACGGCGGGACAAGCGAGCGUCCGUAUCGUCGCUGUCGUCGCCCACCCGCUCCAUGUCGGUGCGCCGGACCGCGAGCGCCUCCAUGGGCCCUCCGUCAAUCUCAAACGGGACUAAUGGCACUCUUCAUCCCUCGCCUCCAAAGCGUAACGCCUCACUGCAUAUUGCCAAAGUUAAAUCUGCUUCAGACGACAACACUGUGAACGGAACCUCUCUGCCAGGCUACCUCCAAAACUCCGCAUCCCACGCCCGGGUGCCGUCCAACUCGUCGUUCAACUUUUCCCAGCACUCGCGCACCCCGUCAGACGUGUUUGCGCCAGACCACAUUUCGCUCCACCAAAAGACUGACAGCAUGUCGUCCAACGACCUGGACACGCUAGAGCAGCUGGUCCAGCCAGACCUGUCCAUGCCAGAAAAGGCCACCGCGUCGCUGGACCAGCUCUACAACAUGCUGGCCGAGCGCACCGUGCAGCUCUCACACAACUCGUACCAAAACACCCAGCUGUGGGCUAUGGUCAAUAAGCAACGGCAGAUGAUUCUGGACCUGCAACGGGACCUCGACAGCUCGCUGGAAGUGAACGCCCGAUACAAGCGGAGGCUUCUGAGAGCCACGGGAGAGCGAGACAGCACAAACGCCACCGCCAGCAAAGACACCAGCUCAACAAACGCCACCACAAACGCGUCACCUCCCCCUACAGCAACCAACACAUCCACAGGUAACUCCAUCCCUGGGAAUGCCUCCAGUACCGCAAACGGCAGUGUAACUACCGUGGUUCCAACCACUGCCGCCACAUCGGCCGUGUCAUCUUCUCUGCCACCACAAUCUGACGACAAUAAUUCCACUACUGCCACCUCUGCAAAGAGCGCCGUAAGCUCCACCCCUUCGCCCAACGGAUCGACAUCCUCUGUCGCCACAUCCAUCAACAACACCAGCGCCGGCAGUAACAAUGGAGGCGCAACCACAGCUGCCUCCAAGCACAUUCCCCAACCCAUCGUGCCCCUGCCCUACCCCUUGCCAGCAGUCUCGUCGGCUAGAGAACCCAAGGGCUUUUCGUUUGAGGAGGACCGCGACAACAGCAAGACGCACCGCAAGACCAAAUCAGACACGCUCAAUGAUGACUCAUUUCUGGUACCGGAAAAGUCGCCGUCUCGAGACCCCCGUCUGCGCUCCAAAAAGAGCAUGGCCUCCGUCGUGUCUUCUGACGACAACACCCUAGGCGCCGUGUCCAUGUCUAAAUCUGCAUCUAUGGGUGCGGCGGCUGCUCCCACUACUCCGUCGCUACCCCCUCCUGCGCUGGCUCCCGAACCUAUCACUCUGUACGUCAAGCCCACAGAGUUGUCUACGAUUCGUGUGGAUGUGGCCUCCUCACUAGGUGUGGCCCGCAAGAAGGACACCCCAGUGGUCGUGCUGUCUGUGUCGGACAGAGCCACUUCGAAGGUUUUAUGGCGAUGCAGCAAGGAAUAUAAUGCCUUUGUUGCUCUGGACAAUGCCAUUGCUCCCCAGAUUCCAUCCUUCAAAACGAAAAUCCCUGACCGGUCGCUCUUCACGUCACACGCCCCCGCUAGAGUCGAUAUUCGAAAGGAUCAGCUCAAUGGCUGGUUUGGUUCGCUGUUGGCUAUUCCCAGGCUGCCUUCUUCUGCUGCUCAGACACUGUGCGAGUUUCUGUCUACUAACACCAUCGACCCUCUGGAUGUGCCUGAUGGAGAUGCCCGUAAGGAGGGCUUCCUCACUAAACGAGGCAAGUCGUUUGGUGGCUGGAAACUGCGGUACUUUGUGCUGGAUGGACCCAUGCUCAACUACUAUGAGUCGCCCAACGGGCCCCAUCUUGGUGCUAUUCGGCUCUACAAUGCCCGAAUCGGACGGCAAACACAGGAAGAGGACUCCAACUCCGAGGACGCGUACCGACAUGCCUUUCUGGUCAUGGAGCCCCGCAAGAAGGACUAUGUUCGGCACGUGCUGUGUGCUGAAAACGACCGCGAGCGAGAUGACUGGAUUGAGGCGCUUCUUGAGUUUGUGACGCUGCCCGAGCCGGAGUCGCCCAUCAAGUCCAUUCAUUCACCAGCCAUCACCACCGUCCCCACCAACACCAGCACUCUCAACGCCUACGGAGAAUCCAUCUACGAUGAGUAUUCUGAGGCCCCCACCCCCACGCUUCCCACAACUGAGGCUAUUGAUUCUGUCAUGGAGUCACAAAUAGGCACUGGUCUGGGUAUUGAUGUCGGUAGCAGUGAGACUGUUGGUAGUGGUAAUGGCAGUGGAACACGCAUCAACACCGGUUCUGGGGUGGUUACUAGCUCUUCGAACAGCCGCAUUUCAGCCCCCAUUGCGUCGGAGCCCAUCCAGAACCUGCAGAAGUGGGGUUACAAAUACUCGCCGUCUUCCCAGUCGCUCAACGCACAACUCCAGAACGACGGAAUCGACGACCACGUGAGUCUCUCCCCCAACCACAAUAUACACUCUACUCCUAUCCAGGCUCCCGUUCCCGAGGUCAAAGAGAAGAAGAAGUUCUUCCUGUUCCGAAAGGGAAACUCGGACCGCCAGCAUCAGCAGCAACAGCAGCACACGUCGACACCCGAGUACCUGCAGUCGGUGCUUGAGGCUGAGGGCAUGAUUCAACGUGAGGAGCGACCUACCACCCCGUCGCUCACCACGCCCACACAGUCGCAGUUCGACGGCAAUGACUACCACCAGGGUGGCGUGUUUGGAGUUCCCUUGCUGCAGGCGAUUGAGUCGUCUAGCAAGGAUAUUGACGGCCAUGUAGUGCCGUCGGUUGUCUGGCGAUGCAUCCAAUACCUGGACGAUCAGAAAGCGCAUUUCGAAGAAGGUAUUUUCCGACUCUCCGGUUCAGCAUCCGCCAUUCGAAUUCUCAAGGCCCGCUUCAACGACCAUUACGACAUUGAUUUGGUGUCGGAUUCGUCGACGGUGUUUGAUGUACAUGCAGUAGCCGGUCUACUGAAACUGUUUCUGCGGGAGAUGCCGUCUCUGAUUCUGACGCAGCAGCUGUCGCCGGCGUUCCGACGGGCCAUGGAGAUUCCGGACAUCGUGAAUCGAAUCUACGAGCUCAAAACGCUCGUCAAGCAGCUCCCCGCCGAGUCGCGUGACCUGCUGUUUGUGCUGGCACAGUAUCUGUGCAAGAUCAUCGAGCACCAGGAUUACAACAAGAUGAACCUGCGCAACGUCGGAAUCGUCUUUUCGCCAACGGUUAACGUGCCCGCUGGCAUUUUCGUGCUGUUCCUCACAGACUUUGAUUGCAUUUUCGGAGACGCUCAGCCCCGCACGGACAUUAAUAGAAAGUUGCAGGACUUUCCACAGGCUUUAUUGGGUUAA